CGGCAUUUGGAUCCGGCACGGGGAGGUGAGAGACUGUCUUACCGGGGUGGGGAAGCCCAGGGCACGAGGCGGUAUGAGUGUGUGACCAGAACCAGAGGGGGUACACCUGAGGACGGUGGCUUUGAGUGAGGGUCCGUGUAAACGGCACUGAAUGCUGGCUCCACAAUGGGGGUUUGGGGGUUCCUGAAGACGCAGUUUGUGGUUCACCUGCUAAUUGGCUUUGUCUUUGUGGUAAGCGGCCUGCUCAUCAAUUUCCUGCAGCUAUGUACCCUCCCGCUCUGGAGUUACAACAAGCAGCUGUACCGAAGGAUCAACUGCCGCCUGUCCUACUCACUGUGGAGUCAGUUGGUCAUGCUGCUCGAGUGGUGGUCCGGCACGCAGUGCACCCUUUUCACUGACCAGCAGACACUGGAUCACCUUGGGAAGGAACACGUCAUCAUCAUCCUCAAUCACAACUUUGAGAUCGACUUCCUGUGCGGCUGGACCAUGUGUGAACGCUUUGGAGUCUUGGGGAGCUCGAAAGUUCUUGCAAAGAAGGAGCUGUUGAUGGUCCCGCUGAUCGGUUGGACGUGGUAUUUUCUGGAAAUUGUCUUCUGUAAACGCAAGUGGGAAGAAGAUCGUGACACCGUUAUCCAUGGACUGCAUAGCUUGCGGGACUACCCGGAGUACAUGUGGUUUCUGCUGUACUGUGAAGGGACGAGAUUCACGGAGACCAAGCAUAAGAUCAGCAUGGAAGUGGCCGAUAAAAAGGGACUGGCUCGGCUGAAAUAUCACCUCCUGCCACGAACCAAAGGCUUUACCACCGCGGUCCAGUGCCUCCGAGGGACAGUCUCUGCCGUGUACGACGUGACCCUGAACUUCCGUGGGAACAAGAAUCCAUCUUUAUUGGGAAUAUUAUAUGGGAAGAAAUAUGAGGCGGACAUGUGUGUGAGGCGUUUCCCCCUGGACGAGAUCCCACAUGACGAGCAGGAGGCUGCGGCCUGGCUGCACAAACUCUACCAAGAGAAGGAUGCUUUACAGGAGCGGUACAUCCAGGAGGGCACCUUUCCUGGGGAUCAGAUUGUGCCCAGCCGUCGACCAUGGACCCUGCUAAACUUCCUGUUCUGGGCCACCCUUCUCCUCUCACCACUCAUCUCAUUUGCAAUUGGCAUCUUUGCCAGUGGCUCGCCCCUGCUCAUCCUGGCGUUCAUGGGCUUUAUGUGGACAGCCUCGUUCGCUGUGCGACGUCUGAUCGGUGUGACUGAGAUUGAGCGAGGCUCCAGUUAUGGGAACAGCGCUGUGAAGAAGACAGAUUAGCUGCCGGCGGCAUGAUUCUGAGGCAGUCUGGACUUUAUCUUGCUUUCUAUUUCGUACUAACAUGAACUGAGGGGGAGGACCUGCCUUUCGGGACUGGUGCUGAGAGCCAGUAGGAAUCUGCCAUUUCAUAGGCGCAAAAAAAAAAAGCUGCGUCCUGCUUCCCUGUGACACCAGAGGCUCUGGCCUCUGCUCCCCUCUUCUGGGUCCUCAUUCUGCCCGCUUUGCCCCAUGCCUCUCGUCCUUCUCACCAUCACCUUCGGGCCCUUUUUCAAUAGUAUUACUGGCUGUUCUCCUCUCUGCCCGUAGUGCCCCGCUAGGAUUGUGAGCUUCUCGGCCAUCACCACAUCAAUGAGCUCUCGUCACUGGGCAAGACUGAGCCGCUCCCAGUGUGAGGCUUGAGUGACUUGAUCCCAUUCCUUUGCUGUGGAGAGCAGCAGCUCUGUGGCCUGUGUGCACGCCCGCUACACCCGCACAUUGCUCCGCACACAGCAGCUACUGUGAAUGUAUUGUCCUGUACAAAUCCCUCCGCUAUUUUUGAAAUAAUCAUUGGACUCAGGUUAUGGCUCUGAAGAGGAGGAUCCUGUGCAUCCCGACACCCCGGCCCCUGAAAACUCUAAUCUUCCUUCUGCCUCCAGAUUCUGCAGCGCGUUUCAUGAGGGGUCCGUGUCAUAUCACAUGGCUGCCUCUACCAGGAAUUAGCCGUUUAGAUUUUAACAUGUCAGUAGCAUGUUCUAACCUGACAGAGGCAGCUUCACAUAAUAUCAUGUAUGAGUUUAUCAGAUGUAUCAUCACCCCGUAGGGAGGAGGUAAUGUAGGGCUAAUCCUAUGUGCGUAAGCGUCUGUCCCCGGAGAACAGAGCGGUGAAGAGGUGUAGUACCUGUUCUUCAGGGGCCACACGCACAAGACUAACAUCUGUGUGUCAUAUGUGAGAACACUGUAGUGAUGCUUCCAUGUUGCUGCCUGUCUGAUCCCCCUCCCUCCCUGUAAAGAAAAGCUAGGAGUAAAAUAAAGAGAUGAAACAUA